AUGACCAACGGUAGAACUGAGCAACAGCAGGUUGACGAUGUCCAAGUGUCUGAAACGAUCAAUUCCGCUCUAGAUCAGCUCCAUUUGGACGACUUGUCUGACACAAGUCAUGCAAUGGGUCAAACGCAGAUCUCCGCUACUGCCGGUACUAAUGCGUUUCCACAUCCACCACCACCGUUGAUGGGAAUGGGGUUCAUGCAUUAUCCUCACAUGAUGCAUUUACCUCAUUCUCCCGGCUUUUUCCAACAGCCUCGAUCAUCAGACCCAUUCAAUACGGGUCCACCAGCGGAUUUGACUUCCUCAGUGGACUCUGAAUCCACAAUGUUCGGUGUUACUGGCCAAUCACAGACAAACUCGGCAGCAACCACUACCGCUGCUGCUAACUCCACUGCUGGUGAUCCACGCAGUAAUGUUCUCGAUAUGGGGUUCUCUAGUGGUAUCGACCCUUUUUGGUCAUCCGCUAAACAGGAUUUUGGGCCCGAUUACUCGCUAAUACCUGGAAAACUGGCAGAACCUCCCAACGCAGCCAGAAGACAAACAUUUCCUGCUCUAUCCGGUAAUGAUUUGAUUAAUGAUGAUGCGGCAGCCUUGAGAACUCAAAGCAUCUCUUUGGAAAAACCGGAAACAGAUUUGCACAACACUCAAAAUCCUACUGAAAAUGUAGAAUCUGAUCUGCCGAAAUCCACCGCUCCUUAUUCAGCUGCUGCGUAUCCUUAUGGUGGCCCCCUUGUCCAGCCAAGUCCAGUAAUCUCAGGCCACACUCCUCCAGGCAGCAAUUCAGGUUAUGGAGGGCCUUCUCACUUCCAUGCAUAUGGAUUUUCCUCGCCUUUCCAAUCUUUUUCACCCAUGCCUGGCACUCCUCUGAGCGGGCACCCGGUAAACAUGCCUCCUCCAAUCUCAGGUGAUCAAGACAAAGAUGCUGUUCCAUCUGAAAACGCUACUUCUUCUAGAGGAACCCCUUCGCAUCCCAUGCCUCCCUGGAUGUAUGGGAAUCACCAUGCUUUUGGUCCCAUGGUUCCAAUCCAUCAUCAAAUGAUGGGCCCCCCCGGUAAUUCCAACGGCAGCCAUGUUCAUCCAUCUCAUUCUCAUGGAAAUCGCCAUUCUUUACACUCUCGCAGGCACAAGGGCAAUCACAAUUCUAAGCCAUACCAUCGUAGAGGCGAAGAUCCUGCAAAGUACGCGAAUGCCAAAUUAGAGAAUUUUAUUGGUAAUAUCCUUUCUCUUUGCAAAGAUCAACAUGGGUGUCGGUUUUUGCAAAAGCAGCUAGACGUUGAGGGCACUGAAGCUGCCAAGGUAAUAUAUGAAGAGACGAAAAACCAUGUGGUAGAGCUCAUGACUGAUUCUUUUGGCAACUAUUUGAUCCAAAAGCUGCUGGAGAGGAUGAACAACGAACAAAGGUUAGAACUAGUUAAAUCAUCUGCCGACAGUUUUGUUUAUAUCGCAUUAGACCCUCACGGUACAAGGGCAUUGCAAAAACUUGUGGAGUGUAUCUCAACAGAGGAAGAAGCACACUUGGUGGUCGAUUCGCUGAGUGGCUCAGUUGUCGAGCUAAGCAGAGAUCUGAAUGGUAACCAUGUCGUACAAAAAUGUUUGCAGAAGCUGAAGCCAUCAGAUUCUCAAUUCAUUUUCAAUGCAGCCACAGAGGCCUGUGUGAAAAUUGCUACACAUAGGCACGGAUGCUGCGUUCUCCAGCGCUGUUUAGAUCACGGAAGUCGUGAACAGUUUGAUCAGCUUUGCGACCGUAUCAUUGAACAUGUCGAUAAACUUACAUCUGACCCUUUUGGUAACUACGUGGUCCAAUACAUUUUCACUAAGCAGUCAGAACGCUCAGAAUCCAAGUACACCACUCAAAUAAUGGCUUUGAUCAGACCCAAGAUUAUUGAGCUUUCGCUGCACAAGUUUGGCUCUAAUGUUGUUGAGAAAGCCCUCCGCACCCCCGUGGCUUCUGAAAUUGUUAUCGACCAAUUGCUUUCCUAUGGCGCUGACGCCAAGAUCGAGCAACUACUUCACGACGGGUACGGUAACUACGUUUUACAAACAGCGUUGGACACUGCUCGUGAGAACAAGAAAGAUCUUUACUACCGCUUGAGCGAGACUCUGAAACCGCAUUUGGUGGGGGCUAUUAGAAAUACACCCCACGGAAGGCGAAUAAUGGGAAUUUUGGAUGCAGAAGGAGCUUAG